AUGCCCACCAUUUUCCCAACAUGGCCACACAUCCUCUUUGGCGUCCUUGAGCCGAUCUCACUAGCCCUUGGCAGUGCAUACCCCCUCUACAACCUCCAAGGCUUUAUCGCCGGGCAAACACCCAACAUCGCAGCCCCAGCCACGCUGCACCCUAGCAGCGUCGCGCUCGCCUACCAACUCGGCAAUGUCUACUCACUCCUCUUCCUAGUCGGCGUAGGAGUUUGUCACGCCACAACCGAGCCAAGAGUACUACGCAAUUACCUAGUCGGGCUGGCCAUCGCCGAUAUAGGCCAUGUCUACGCCACAUACUUAGCGAUGGGCUGGGACGCGUUUGCAGACGUUGCGGCAUGGAACGCUUUGACCUGGGGUAAUAUCGGGAUCACGACGUUCUUGUUCGUCAAUAGGAUCGCUUAUUUCUUGGGCAUUUUUGGCUAUGCGAAGGCGCCUAAAGCGGCUGCAAAACGGGAGUGA